AUGAAAACCCUUUACCCAUUCGAAUAUCUGCACUGUGUACAGCUAUUACAAAAUAGCACAGAUAACACAGCAUAUCUCCAUUUAACUUUCAGUCGUACCUGCUUUCAACAUAAUCUCAAUAGAACUAUAAACGGACUAAGUAACUACUCUCCGCAACUUAUCUUGUUCCAAAAUAGUCUCACUUGUGCCCUCCAUUCGUCUCAGCUUGCCGCGUAUGAUAUCGGAGCCACUCCGGUGCAAGCUAAAAUAUGGGGAAAUAGAAUGCACAACCAACCACCACGCAAUACCCAUGGAACUACACCUUCAAAGCCUACGUGA